CAAAAUCGUCAUUAUGAUCACAUGAUCGAGCGCCAUUUUGUUCUGAGGGUGGACCAUUUUGUGUGAAACUUUGAUCUCUCUUAAAAUUAUUAUAUAAAGAUCUGUGACAGAGAAGCAUGGCUUCGAGGAAGAAGGUUUUGUUGAAAGUGAUUAUAUUAGGAGACAGUGGUGUCGGGAAGACAUCACUUAUGAACCAGUAUGUGAAUAAGAAAUUCAGUAACCAGUACAAAGCCACAAUAGGUGCGGAUUUUCUCACCAAAGAAGUGAUGGUAGAUGACAGGCUUGUUACCAUGCAGAUAUGGGAUACUGCUGGUCAGGAAAGAUUUCAGAGUUUAGGUGUGGCGUUUUACCGUGGAGCAGAUUGUUGUGUUCUUGUGUUUGAUGUUACCAUGCCAAACACGUUUAAGUCCCUUGACAGCUGGAGAGAUGAGUUUUUAAUACAGGCCAGCCCCAGAGAUCCAGAAAACUUUCCAUUUGUUGUAAUAGGAAACAAAAUUGAUUUGGAAAACCGGGCGGUGUCAGCAAAGAGAGCACAAGGCUGGUGCCAUUCAAAGGGAGAUAUACCAUACUUCGAGACCAGUGCAAAAGAGGCGAUUAAUGUAGAACAAGCUUUCCAAACCGUGGCAAAGAACGCACUUUCCCAAGAAACCGAGGUAGAGCUGUACAACGAGUUUCCAGACCAGAUUAAAUUGAACAAUGAUCAAGAAAAGCAGAAUCAAGGAGGCUGCGGUUGUUGAUAGGGAAAAUGAAUGACUGUGUUAUUUUUUUCUUUCAAACUGAUAUCAUGCUCUAUAAUAUUAAAAAAAAUAGUUACGGUGGAACUGAAAUUGCCACCGUUUUAAAAAUGUAGUUGUGGUGGAAACAAAAAGUUGUCAGCUUUUUAAAAAUUUAUUUUUGGUUGAAAUAUUGAGUCAUCACCAUAUAAGAAGUACCGGUUGAAAAUGUAAAGUCAUCAGUACAGUAAGAUUUUAGUUGACAGUUUUCAGAAAGAGGUUAUUUUGAAUUGUAAUUUCUAAGAAUUUAUGGACUGAGUGUUUAGUGAUAGUUCUAAGCAUUAUCUUUGAAUAUGUUACUAAUAUAUGAUAAUACACUCAUAUUUCACAGUGCAAGGUAUGAAAAGUGAAGAAAAUUUUUAAAGAAAUAAGUUGAACCACUCUUUAGUGAUAUCAUUAUAUCAUCUUCAUUUAUAGUCAUUGGCGGAGUGAUAUAAUUAUCCAUAUGUCUGUAUAAAGGACGGAACCAAGACAUUGUUCAGUAGAAAAUUGAAGUGAAUUUCUGUAUUUUGAUGAAAACUGAAAACGUUUUCUAGUGUCUGCCUGUAUUUUGAAAAGGAAUAGUUGAUGUUAAAAUGGUUUCCAUUGUGUUUGAAAAUGUUACAGGGUGCUUUUGAUUAAACUGGAUACUAGUUUUAAAUGAAUAUUUCAAAAAGGUCAUUAUGGGAAAAGACAUAUUUUUCAUUUAGAAAAUUUGUAGUAAUUUUUUACCCAAUAAAGUCUUGAGAAAUGCCACGUUAUUAUUGCUGUGCAUUUUGACUGAGAUGUAAGCAAAAUCAGUAUGGUGCAAUAUGUAUAUAUGUAAUAUUCAAAAUUAUUGUUCAAACCAUUUAUAAUGUUGCAUAUUUGAAUUUGUUAUAUUUAGAAUAAUUGGUUUUAAAGAGGCAAACGAAAGACUUCUAUUAAUUUUUAUUUGAGGAGAGACUUUGUUGUUACUACUAAACUGCUUCCCUCAUAUUUCACAUUAAAGUAAAAAUUUGUUAAUAUUUAAAGAAACCUUUAUAGUUUUAAUGCAGCUUUAUAAAUGGUGUGUUCCAUAAUUGUAUAGAACAGCUGUGACAAACAAGACUUUUCUUGAAAGCAUUACACCUAGCUGACAUGAAAAAUGCUUUUGAACGGAACACAAGUGCUUUACGUCAGGUGGACUAUCUUACAAAACGACUUGUUAAAUGACCAAAAUAAUGCAAUACUCGUCUUUGUGGGUUUGUUGAGGAUAAAUGUGAAAAUGCUGAUUACAUAUUUAAUGAAUCUUCUUGUGUGAUUGAAUUAUACCUUAAGCUUUAUAUGUUAAAGAGUUACGUGUUUGUCUUAAAUGGUGUUAAUAUUUUGUUUUAUGAGGUUAUAUAAAUACUUAAGAUAUUUUCACAGAAGAAUGAAAGGUGUGCUUGUAAUAAACAAAAUUUGUGAAUUUAGGUCUAGACACAAGAAACACUUAGGUGUACCAUAAGCUAUUUGUUUAUAUGAUAAAAGGAAUUUUGGGGAUAAUACUUUUAAAAGUAUAGAGAAUGUUAUAUAGUUACAAGGUCAUUUACAUUCCUAAAACUCUUAACCUGCUAAAUUUCUAUAAUGAACUUGUCCAUCUUUCAAUUUGGACAGUACCAUUAACUGUUAAAAGGGGUACUCACCAAAAAGAUACUGACUGAAUGGUGAACAGUGCAGUUCUUGAUCAGACUGCACUGAUGUGCAGGCUGAUCAUGAUCUACACUGGCCGCAAAGGCAGAAUCGAUUGUGUCCAGCAUGGUAAGGGUUAAUUACAUUUAUUUAAUAGCUUUUAAUAUCUAAAAGCAGUGUGAACAUACAUGAAAAUGUGAGCAAUGUUCAUAUCCAUAAAAUUACGUGUAACCUUCUUCCAGGAUUUUGAUUGUUUUAAAAGGUUUUAUCAUAUUUAUCACUGAUACUUGCUUAUUAUGUAAAACUGCCUUUGUAAUAGCGGUCGCACUCUAGUUCUACAACAGCUUAUGAAUUACCGUAUUAACCAACUUCAUCCCUGAUUAACUUGCACUAUAGUUUGAACGUAACUCUCUAAAAAAAAUCAAGUAGUCGUAACAUCAUUAGUGUGACAGUUUUGUUGAAAAUUGACAGACUCUUGUAAGUAUAAGAGUUAUCAAACUUUCCUGAAAAUCUGGAGUUGUUUGAGAAGGAAAAAACAGCAAUUACUAAUUUAGCAUUUUAAGGUUAAAAUAUUUAAAGGUAUUGAUGGAUAAAUGCCCAAUACUACAGUCAUUUUCUUAAGUGAAAAUAUAAGUUACGUUUUUAAUGUAAUGAUGAUUGUAUUUAAAAUUUAUUACAUUCUGAUACGGUCAUGUAAAUGUUAUAACAUUGCGCACUGCGAGAGAAUGUUGAUUGUGAAAGCAUUCUACAAAGAUAAGAUUACAUGUAAUUUGAAAUCAAAAUGAGCUGACGAAGGAACAAAUGUAUUUGUUAAACUAAUUUUUACAUCAGUGCGAUUAGUUUUUUGUUGUUUUUUUUUCAGUUAUUUUGCCUUUCAGUCAAAGGAUAUAGUAGAAAAUAUUUUUACUAAAAAACAAAACAAAAACAAAGUCUUUCAGUAAUUACACUAGUUGUCAGAAAACUAAAAAAGAGAAAAAUAAAAGUUUUAAGAUUUUGAACAAUAAAAUUUUGAAGGGUUCUAUUGAAUUUCAUUGAGUUGUUGUUAUUGGUAUGAGAGUUUGCACAUAUUGUUACAUUUAUUACGGGCAAACAUUUUUCACUAUAUUUACAUCAUAUUUUUCAUGUUUUAUAAGAAAAAAAAUCAUUUUAUUCAGAAGUUGCUCAUUCACGGGUCUUCAGAACAGCACUAGACUAAUACAUGUAAUGCUGUGAAUUUGUGAUUGUUUUUUGUUGCUAAAAGUUUUUCCUGUUUUAAUACUAGUACAUUCUACCCUAGGCUCUUACACUGUAAUUUUAAACAAAUGAAAUAGUUCUUCGAAAGCCUUUGACAGGCUGCAAAAUUGAUUUAUGUACAUUUUGUUGAAAAUGUUCAUGAUAAUUUGAUAUACAUGUAAAAAAUGUAAAAUAAAGAUUAUAACUUA